CCGCGCGCUGAAGGGCGCCGCGGUUUGCGGGGGACGGGGCGCGCUGGCUUUGAAGCAUCCCGGGCAGGAUGCAGCCGUGCCCGGGGUGGGGGGCAGAUCACUUCAGACCUGUGACUCCAAAGAAGCAACAAAAGAAGCAGCAGCUUCUUGCACCGUGGUGUUUUUACCGAGGUGUUUCAUGCUGCAGCUAGCUGACAGGCGCGCGUGCUGGCUGCUAACGCAGCCCCGUUAAGCGCUGCUCGUUAUUUAUUUGCAAUUGCAGGCGAGAGGAGCUGUAGGAGAGCGGUGUCUCGCUUGCUGCGAGUUGGGAAACUUUUUCAGAUGUUGCAUUUUAGGCACAGCAGAUCUGUCCGCGAGCCGUGUUCACCUGCGCGCUCCCGAGCUUUGUGCGCUGUAGCGUCGCACGCCGCAGCGCGUUGGGUGUUUUGCAGAGGACUAACUAAAUAUCUGGCCCACGUGUGCUGACUCUCGCGUUCCCCUGCACAUGCACAAGGGCUUUUCUCUGCUUUUAAAGCCACGGGAGGGCCCAGGCUGCAGCAGCUGCCUCACUAAAUUGGGAACGCUGCUCAAAUUGCGGGUCGGAGACGCGUGGGAUCGGCGGCGUCCCGCGCCGUGGCUCUCCCUCGGAUGGUGGCGUUCCCGCCGGCGCACUAACGGCAGGCAGAUGGUGCUGGUGGAGGGAGGCUCCUUGUUCUGGAUGCUCUUCUCCUGCGUUCGGCGUUGGGCUGACAGUUGGCAGCUGGCAGCCAGCGGGACGUGCCGCCCUGCGGCGGCGAGGGGCCGCAGCCUGCGGGAUGCGAGGAGGCGAAGCUCGGCAGCCGCCUCCCGCGGGCGCCGGAGGCCGCGGCAAGCAACGGGGCUGGCAGCUACCUGCGCGCCCAAGCCUGCCACUGGCCCAGCACCAGUGUGCUCGGUGCCUUGCAGGAUUGAGCUGGCAGUUGUUGCGACUGUUUUCCUGGUGGGUUAUUGUGUUUUAUCUCCGUUUCCUGAGACUAGAGAGACCUGUGACUCCGGACAUCGUCACUCAGCAUGGGGGACCCCUUCAUCUUGAGUCCUCCCCAUGCUGGGCACUGUCUCAGCUGGCCCUGGGCACAGUCUGGAGCGGGCAUGGGCUGGCUGGGCUCAUGUGAUGGGCAAAGGGGGCUCCUCCAUGAGCCCUGGGGCACAUGCAGCUUCGCGGACCCAAGGAGUGUCCAGCCAUGGCACCCCGAGGACCCUGUCUGCCCCGGUGCCACUGCUGGCCUUCGCUGUGGCCUAAGGUGUGCCACUACCACGGUCCGGUGCGUGUCCCCUGUGCCACUUCCAUGCCACAGUGUCAUGCAGGAGCUGAGCCACGAGGGGACAGCAUCGUCCGCGCCCUUCCGCACGCCCGCAAUCUCCGCUGCCUCCCGUGCAGUGCCGGCUUGGCCGCUCGAAAGCCUUUGCGCUGCCUGUUAGCACCUGGGCGGGGGCAAAGCGGGGUCCUGCUCGACGCUCUCCUGCUGCGCUUGCCCGCUUCUCCUGGGUGCUCACUCAUGGCUGCGGGAACCGCGAGCCCUGUGGCCGGGCGUGAGUCCGCCUGCGUGACCGGCGUGCGGCGGCAUCGGCUGAGCCUGGGCUCGGGGCUCAGGUGGGGUCGUGGUGCUGGGAGGUCCGAGGUGUGCAAGCCCCCAGCGCCCUCCUAGCUGGGCAGGGCGACCGCCCUGGGCAAACGCCCCGUUGCAAAGAGCUCCCUGCCUGUGGGGUGAUGCCGGGCUCUGACCCGGAGCCGUGUCACUCAGGGGUGCCGAGCGGGGGGUCCGAGCGCAGCGCUUAACCCCUGCUUCACUGGUGUUCCUGAGGCCGCCUGGGCUCUGUAAGUAGUGCUCGUAAAUCCCUGCUGUGGUUUUCACUCCCCCCCUCGCUUCCAUCUGUUGAAAGGCCCCACUAUCCUCCCUCGGUGCUGAUUUUUCCACCUUUCCUUGGGUUACCCCAGCAACGACCAGCCCGUGGAGCCAUCAUAAAUAGCUGCAGGCUGGGCGCGGGGCCGCGGCCAGGCGCUGACACAGCCCUUACUCACACAUGCCUCUUUCACGCCACGGAGCAUUUAAAGCUCCUCUGGGCUGAGCCCUCCCACUUCCGGACUCGCCAGCCCGGAGCAGGAGCACGGCACAGAGCCGGCGUCAGAGCGCCCGAGCAUCUGGCUGGGCUGGUUGCUCCGGGGAGCCGCUCCGCGGGCUGCGAGGCCCCUGCGUGGUGCCGCGGCCCGGGCUGCCGGCACCGGACGUAAGCCGCUAUGCCCUUUUUCCGGGACCUUUCUAAGCCGCAGCCGCUGGAGUUUCACUCGGAGAUGCUGCUGGGCGUGCAGCGGCCGCACAACGGGAGCUUGCAGCGCCGGCACACCAUGAAGGAAGCCAAAGACAUGAAGAACCGCCUGGGGAUUUUCCGGCGGCGGAACGAGUCUCCGGGAGCCAACCCGAGUGGCAAGCUGGACAAAGUGCUCAAGUCACUCAAGCCAACUCCGGAGGAAGCUCUCAAGUGGGGGGAGUCUCUAGAGAAACUGCUGCUUCACAAAUAUGGGCUAGCAGCCUUCAGGGCCUUCCUGCGCACUGAAUUCAGUGAGGAGAACCUGGAGUUCUGGCUGGCGUGUGAAGAGUACAAGAAGAUCAAAUCGCAGUCCAAGAUGGUGUCCAAAGCCAAGAAGAUCUUUGCAGAGUACAUCGCUAUCCAGUCGUGCAAGGAGGUGAACUUGGACUCCUACACGCGGGAGCACACCAAGGAGAACCUGCAGAACAUCACCCGCAGCUGCUUUGACCUCGCUCAGAAGAGAAUUUAUGGGCUCAUGGAGAAGGACUCCUACCCCCGCUUCCUCCGCUCUGAUUUGUACUUAGACAUAAUUAACCAGAAGAAAGCCAGCUCCCCACUGUAGACCGAAGGACUCUCUCGGGGCAGAGUGGGAACUGUGUGUUUACAUGAAAUCAGGUGGUGGUGGCCUUCCUGGGGGAUGGUGGGAGCUUGCCUUCCUGCUGGCGUUCAUGCCCCCAAGCCAUACUCCUGCAGCAGCCGGGCGUGAGGCAGGCGAAGGCACUGAGCAUGAGGCCAAGGGGACCAACAAGCCAAGCAGUCUGGUACUGCUCUUUUGCCCCCAUCUCACCAUUGCUGGUACGACGCCUUUGAGGUGACUCUGGCAUGGAUUUUAGCCAGGAGGGAAGCUCCCAUGAGACUACUGUGAAGCACAUGCCUGAGCUGUGAAUGCUCCUAGAAGGCGAUGAGUGAUCCCGACUCAGUGAGGAGGAGGAGGAUUUUUGUGCAGGGCUCCGGCAAGGGGAAAACAGCACCACCGUGAACAUCUUCCCUGGACAUAAGAACUUCUGAACUGGACCAGUCCCACAUCACCGAUGCUGCUGUGCUUCCCGUGCCGGCAAGAGCCUUGCUGGCUUGGCUCCUAUGCUCCCCCGUUGCAGCUAUCUCACUGGAGCCCGGCGCUUCCUUCGCUUGUGGCGAGUCACCCCUGGGAGCAGCAAAAGCUGGUUCAUUCCUGCAUUGAAGGUGUGCAAUCAAACUGCUUCCUGCUCCCAUCCCUCACCUCCUGGUUUAUUUAUUGACCUCCUACAGCUGGACGCAUUGCUGUGUAAUAGGAAAUCCUUGUGUCCUUUCCUGUUCUGAAAUUACAAGUGCAAUAUUUGUGUGUGUCUCGGCGGAGUUCUCCAGUGGAACAGCUGCCUUCUCUUUUAAGAGUGCGUACAAAAUUUUCUAAGUUUGCUGGUUUUAUCUGACCAACGGCGUGUUCCCUAGCAGCGGGCCGCUGGGGGAGCCUGGGUGUAUAUAUCAUUCCCUGACGACAGAGGGUUUGAUGGUGUAGACAAGCAGCUCUGUGAAUCAGACGCUCUCACUACUCUGGAUAACAAUAUUGUGUUUUGAGAAACGUGGGUUAUUGCUGAACCUGGCAGAGCUGGACAGACUGUCUGCGUCCAGGUGCCGAGUUUACAGUGCAAAAGCAUCUCUGCAGCUAGCAAAAAUACAUUGUCAUGGUCAUAGGUAAAUAAAAGGAGAAUAUAAUUUCUUGUA